UUUCAAGCACAGACAAAUUACAAGAUUGAGAUUCGAAUUUCGAGAGAAUCAUUCGGUUUUAAUCACCUUUACCUACAAUUUAAUUUAAAUCUUUUGUUUCCAGUUUAAACUUCCCACAGAUGUAAGGCCAGGGAAAUAUUAUUUCGUGGUUCGCUCGGAGCCGUAAAGCUUCUCAUAAGCCAGUUAUUAUUAAAAAAGAGAAAAUUAGUGCAACGAGGAUAAAAAAACGUGAUUUUGUGGUGAAAAUAAAACCAAGGAGUUUAUAUUUUUGCCGAACAUUUACAAUAAAUUUGGUAGGUUACGUAUGUUAAUUUUAUUAUGACUAUGACUGCACGCUUAUUAGGUUAAGGAUAACAUACGUACCAUUUAAAUAAUUUAAGUUUAUCAAAAACUGACAAAAUAUACGAACAUGAAGUUGAUAACUCAUAACAUGCUGACAUCAAAGUGUUUGAAGGGGGUGCUAACAGGUUAUCCAUUAGCCAUAAAUGCAACAGACGUGAAAGUGAACGAUGUUGACUUCAACCCAGAUUUUAUUUCCCGAAUUAUACCAAAACUUGAUUGGGAAGUCCUCUGGAGAGCUGCAGAUGGUUUAGGACAUAGCGAAGGAUUACCGCAAACAGUUGAAGCUAAUUAUGAAGGCAACAAAGAGUUCUUGAAAAAAGCACACAGAGUUCUACUUGAAGUCGAGGUUGAAGAAGGGUUCUUGACCUGUCCAGAAUCUGGGCGACAGUUUCCAAUAACAAAAGGCAUACCUAAUAUGUUGUUAACUGAGGCUGAAGUACAAUAAAAUAGUUGCAUAGAAGUUGAGUUAAUUUAAAAUCAAUGUUAUAUUUUUAAUUAAAAUAAUAUCCUUGGUAACUUUGGUUCCACUUUGUUUUGAAAAAAUAUUAGUGUUUAUGAUUCUGUUUAAGAAUAAUAGUUUUAUAUUAAGUUAAAAUAAAGGUAACUUAUGCACAGAA